CAUUACGUGAGCAGAUGUAAUAGUUGCGAGUCUUCUACUGGACGCUACCUGUAUCAUACUGUACUGACAGAUCACGUGGAAGCUCAUCGACAUGCUUGAGAUGGUGCGGGGCAAUUAUAUAAAGAGUGCCCCCAUUCGCCGUCUGCGCCAUCCCCUUGAGGAAAGCCCACUUUGGAGCAUUGUGGGAGGUGCCUUAGCUGGGAUCCUGGCUCUUGUGGUAGGCCUUCCAGUACUUUUUGUGGUCAGUAUCUUAAUACCAUUCUGCCUGCUUGGUCGAUGGCUAUUGCUCUUCAUCUUCUGGAACCGACAAACAUCUGCAGACACACAAGGUGAGGGACCGGAAUCUGUAAGAGGAAAUGAUGGUCGCUGGCUUGGCUCAGCUUGGAGAUAUUCUGUCAUACAUGCAGUGCUAAUAUUUGAAGCAGGUGCAGGCUUAGAUGUAACUCAUCUCCGGAAAAUUCUUCUAACAAGGGUGGUCCCUCUCUAUCCUCGACUUACACGACGACCAGUCCCACUACCUCUGUCUGCAGGGGCAGGUCACUGCUGGUUGCAUGACUCCAAGUUCUGCAUUGAUCGCCAUGUGUUUGCGGGCCCAUCUAAGCUGACUACAGAGAAGCAACUCCAGGAUUAUGUAGGACACCUUCUAGAAGAGGGGCUCUCUAAUGACAAACCUCCAUGGGAAAUGCAUGUUCUGCAGAGCGUCGGUCGUCAUCAGGACACAGUCGCAGUGCUCCGUGUACACCAAAGUGUAGCAGAUGGCAUGGCUCUUGUUCGCAUCCUCUGUCACUCUCUUACUGACUGUCAGGUGCUACAUGUCCCACAGAGGCCACAUUUUGGUGCACUGACAUUCACACUCAACAUAAUACGAGCCUGUCUUGUUGGGCCACUUACUCUUCUCUUCUGGCUUCUACUUACCACUGAAGACUGCAAUGUGCUGACCCAACACAAGGGAUGGACUGGCCAGGUCUCUGUCACUUGGUCAGCAGCCAUAACACUCCCAAAAGUGAACCGCAUCAAGCAGGUCACAAGAUCCACAGUAAACUGCGUGUUGCUGUCAGCUCUAGCAGGUGCUGCCAGGAGGCUACUGCAGGGCUGUGGAGUCAGACAGCCCCCAGAUAUGAAGAUUGUGCUGCCUGUUGAUCUACGAGCUGAUGUCACGUCACCUCAUCUGAGCUCUCGCUUAGGGAGUAAGUUGGCACCUGUGGUGGUGGGUUUACCAGUUGGAGUUGAAGGGGCAGUUCCUCGACUGUGGGCCAUGAGAAGAAAUCUUGAUUCUCUCCGAACAUCUGCAGAUCCAGUUGUAGUGUAUGUAGCUACAGCCGCCCUGAUGGCUUCUGUUCCGGGCAGAGCUGCUAGAAAGUUACUCUCAUCUCUCACUGGUAAAGCCACUUUACAGUUCAGUUCCUUACCAGGACCCACAUCCACAUUGCUGGUUGGUGGACACCCACUUAAGGGAGUGUAUCCACUGCUGCCGGCACAGAAUGGUUUAGGUCUCGCAGUGUCUGUCUUCACAUAUGCUGACCAGGUUUAUGUGGCCAUCAUAUCAGAUAGUACCUUGGGUCCAGCUGCCAACACACUGCUCCAUCACCUUCAUUGUCAAAUUGAACUGCUGUGGCAACUACUUCUCCAUAGACGUGUGCCAGGAGAAUCUAGAUCCCAUGUUCUUCUCCGGCGAACUGAUGUCACGGGCUCACCUGUGAGAGAGUUACGUCUUCGACUGACAUGUGUCCAGGAAGAAGUUCAGCGUCUCGCGACAUGCAAAAGCCCAAGCCAACAGCAAAACAGCCAGAGUUCAGAUUCGUCAGGUUCAGAACAGCAGGAUGUGGCACGCCUUCAGAAUCUAAAAACCGAAUUCUCAGAAUUACUGUCUGAGUUGCACAGGCGGAACUCAGCUGCUGUUGGAGGCAACUCACCUCUCUUUGAAGAUGAAGAGGUAGGGGGCGAGUUAUGGCGUCCAAGACGUCGGGCCAUGUCCUGCUCAUCAUCCCGUCAUUCCAGUCGUUCAUUGGUGGGACUUCUAUCAGCUGCAAGACCUGCCAGUUUUAUAGAAUCAUAUUCUAACAGAAGUCCAACAAAUCCUUCCAGUCCUCUUGUAUACAGAGCAGCAAGGAGUGAACAUAUUCUCUCAGGCUCCACUAGGCCUGCCAGCUACAUAGAUUCACAUUCAACUUCAACUGGUCAAGUUAGCCCUCUUUAUUGCACAGCUGAUGCUAGUGAAUGUAUGCUGCCUGGUGCUACUGGACCCAUCACCCCUGAGGAAUUCUGUUGCAAUAAAAACAAUCCAGUGAGCCCUAUGAAAUACCUGCCAUCAACUCUGAACCAUCUGCUUCAACAUUCCACUUUCUGUAGUACAAAUAUUACAGUCAUUUCAGAACAUCCAUCAGAAGUCAGAAAUUGCGAGAACAUACUAGCAUUAUCUGUCAAUACAUCUGAGUCUGGCAUUAAAUUGAACUCUUUAAGUACUGACAAUACAAGGAACAUGCUUCAAAACAAAUAUCUGAAGAAUGACAGAAGAACUGUGAACUGCGGAACAGGUGCUGAAACUGAAGAUGUGACUACCAGUGGAAUAGCUGAAACAGACUUACAUGUGUCUUCACAAAUUUCUCUGCCACAGAUCAGUUCAAAUAGCACAACUGUUAUCGAUACAACUGAGAAUCCCACAACUUCUCAUAAUGCUAUUCAGAUGUCCACUGUCGAUUCUUCAGUAGAGCCUUAUAUUUUAAAUGAUUAUAAGUCACAUUUAAGAGAUCCUCUGAGGGAUCAGGAUAAAUCAAGCCACAAGAAGUCAACCUUUGUUACCUACUCACAGUACUCUCCAUUAAUAUCAAGUGAAUAUGUUGCAGAACAUUUAAAAGAUUCCACAAACCCCCUACAGCCAAAUGAUGCACAUUCCACAUUAACUAAAAAUGGUGAAAACAGCAAAGAUAAUACAGUUAUAGAAAUACAGGAACAAAUAUCCUGUUCUGAAAACAUUUCUGCUCAACAUGUAUUUUGUAAGGAAUUCAGUGUCACAGCAGUCAAAAGCCCAGAAUACUCUAGAUCAGCUACCUUGAAGGGACCAGUACAAACUAAGGAUGAGAACAGUUCAGUCAGUAAUCUUGCACAUUCAACUACUUUGACAUGCGGUGUACCAGAUACAGAUUCAGAAUAUUUGCCUCAACAUAUAACCAUCACAACAGGAAACAUCCAAAAUCAAGAAUCUUACUCAUUUGAUACCAACUUAGAUGAAGCUGUGAUUGAUUCUAAUGCAAGCACAACUAGAAAUCAGACAUAGAAAUAACUACACACCUGCAUAAAACAAGUAUGCUUCAUUGCCAGAGUGAUGUUGAAAGUAACUGUUAGCAAGAAGGAAGACAUCCCAUUCUGAUAAAACAACAAAUCAACAUCAAAUGCCAUUCUUGGUUCUCAAAACACAGGACAUCCAGAUAGUACGUAGCAACAUGCAAGACUGUGUGCACACAUUAAGAUUAAGCAUAUCUUGUAGAGAAAACUGUGAGACUCACCAGAAUGUUGUUACUACAGAUCAUUGUAAGACUGAUGAAGAUCCUGGUACUGGGUCCUUCUGAGUUGCUUCUGCUUUAUCAAUGCAGACUGAUACCACUGAAAACAUGAGUGUUCUGGAACUGAAAUACAGUCCAUCCACAGUCGGUAUUUCAACAGCAACUGCAAAGCUGCCAGUUGCUUACCAGAUAAUGGAAUCACAUCAUGCAAGUUCAGUACCUACCUGCAAUUUCAUAAGCAUUACUUCCAUACCAUCAGGAAAUUCUGUACAUUCUUCCAGUAAUUUCUUUCAAGCAUAGCUGGAAGUCCAGUACAUUCAGAGUACACCAAUAACAAAGAGUAAGAGUACACACAGUUGACCCUAAAGAGGGAAACAGCAUGUAUCUCCAAAAUUAUGGCAAUAUGGCCUAUACUCACAUGGUGUAAAAACCCAAGAGCUGACUCAAAAACACAACAAGAUCAGUAAAUUAUCAGAAGAAAAGAAGAAUGGAAAUCAGAUAUACAAAUACAAAAUUUUUAUAUACUUGAAUUGCAGGCUUCUAGGUUAUAAUAUUGUGUAGUUUGGUGCAUGGUUACCAACGUUCUGACAAGUCAUUUGGUCCAUGUCUAAUACUCAAAACAACAAAACGCCUUCUGCAAGGACAAUCGGACUUGUAUCAAAUUAAUAUGCUCAGUUAUAAGAUUACUGAAAAACUUUAGGAACACCAAAUCUUAAUACUCUAAUCUGUGAUUAGCUAAUUUUUAAACUUCUAUUUAAAUGAAUGUAUGUAUACACAUAAUACUUAAAUAUACACAUAAUUCUUUUGUGUCUAUAUUUGCCCAUUGGUAUGUACAUCUGAGUUUUACUAAUCAUAAAACAGUUCUGUCAAGUGUUUAAUUAAUCUGAGUAUGAAUUUACUUUAUAUGGCUGAUAACAGUCUUAGCAUAUACAUUUGAAUUCUAAAUGAUUUUUCUGUUCAACAUUAUGUGCACAUUUAAUGGAGUAAUUACAAUAAACAAAGAGAGGUUUUUCUUUGAAUUCAACAGUCUUCUAAUUAUUAACCCUUUUAAACCUGAAAUUUAUCUAAAUUACAUUCAUACCUUCAGUUCCUACCUCACAGAAGACACAAUACAUUUCCAUUAUAAAGAUUCAUUGCUUUUAAUAAAAUACAUGCUGCUCAUUCUGAGAGUUAUUAGAAACACAUAAAUGCAUUCUACAUGC